GAAACAAAUAACAAAUCAUGUCAGUCAAUCGGUGUCAGUUUUGUCACAGAAAAUAUCGGGCAAAAUUCUUAAGUAAAAAUGGUCGCCGCAACUCCGCAAAUCGAAGCAGAUCAACGUUUAUUGCAAUUUAAAACUUACGAAGACUAUUUGGAUUCGUUGACUACGUCUCAGGAUAUCUGCAACCUUCAAAGUGUUGCAGUAGCCAGAACGCUCGCUGAACUUGGAUAUAGAAGUUCGGCAGAAACUCUCAGUCGAGCGUCGUUUCAAAGGCGAUUGGGGGCCGUACUGGACUACUUAUAUCCGACAUUUAAAGCGUACGAAUUAUCCAGUGAAGGCAUAAAAGUACACGAUCCGUUGCAACAAGCUUUGGCACUACGCGAGCGCCCAAAUCGCAUAGGAGUGGUAGCUACCAUCAUAUUCGUAAGAUAUUACACGCCUACAGGAUUUGAAGUGUCCGGUUACAUCGACUAUGCUCAUCGGUUAAAGCUGGAGAAUUGGAAACCGUUCUUUAAAAGCGGAAAGAAGUUUUGGCCCAGGAACACGGAUUUGGGGUAUUGCCAUUGGAGGAGUGGAAAGUGCAUUUCUAAUGGCUCGUUAAAUUAUAAGGUCGUCAUUGAUCCAGAAAAGGGACUUACGUUUCAAAAUCGCUUCGAUAGAAAAGUUGUGUGCGCCGAUCCCGCUGCGAACCCAGGAAUUGGAACCACAAGAAUCCGAAUUAAUACCGAUAUGUACGAACACAUUGUCCUAUACGAUCACGUUGUGCGGCGAAAAGUGUAGAUAAAUUU